GCGGGACUUCCGGGUCAGCAGUUGCAUCAGAUUCUAGGAAGCUCCUGUGGCCGGGGCCACGGUUCGGGGAGUCCCAACGAUGGCAGGUUGCUCCGGGGAGCAGGCUUCUGACUACAGGUCCAUUCUGAGCAUUAGUGACGAGGCAGCCAGGGCUCAGGCCCUGGACCAGCACCUCAGCACGCGUAGCUAUGUCCAGGGCUAUUCCCUGUCCCAAGCAGACGUGGACGUGUUCAGGCAGCUCUCUGCCCCGCCUGCUGACUCAAGGCUCUUCCACGUGGCUCGGUGGUUCAGGCACAUAGAAGCACUCCUGGGUGGCCCCCAUGGCAAAGGCCAGCCCUGCGGGCUCCAAGCAAGUAAAGGCCGGCGAGUACAGCCUCAGUGGUCUCCCCCAGCCGGGACUGAACCAUGCAAGCUCCGUCUGUACAACAGCCUCACCCGGAAUAAGGAUGUAUUUAUACCUCAAGACGGGAAAAAGGUGACGUGGUACUGCUGCGGACCAACUGUCUACGAUGCGUCCCAUAUGGGACAUGCCAGGUCGUACAUCUCCUUUGACAUCUUGAGAAGAGUGCUGAAGGAUUACUUCCAGUAUGACGUCUUUUACUGCAUGAAUAUUACAGACAUUGAUGAUAAGAUCAUCAGAAGGGCACGGCAGAACUACUUGUUUGAGCAGUAUUGUGAGCAGAAGCCCGUGGCUGCCCAGCUCCUGGAGGAUGUCCACGCUGCCCUGGAGCCAUUUUCGGUAAAGCUGAGUGAGACCACAGAUCCUGACAAGAGGCAGAUGCUUGAGCGGAUCCAGCGGGCAGUGACGCUUGCCAUAGAGCCACUGGAGCAAGCUGUGCGUGCCAGCCACCCCGGAGAGGACGUCAGUGGCCGUGUGCAGGUGCUGCUAGAAGAGGCAAAGGACUUGCUUUCUGACUGGCUGGACUCCAUGAGUGGCAGCGAGGUGACCGAUAAUUCUAUUUUCUCCAAACUGCCCAAGUUCUGGGAGGAGGAGUUCCACAAAGACAUGGAAGCCCUAAAUGUUCUCCCUCCCGAUGUCUUGACCCGGGUUAGCGAGUAUAUUCCAGAAAUUGUGAACUUUGUUCAGAAGAUUGUGGACAAUGGUUAUGGCUAUGUUUCCAAUGGCUCUGUCUACUUUGACACAGCAAAAUUUGCUGCUAGUGAGAAGCACUCCUAUGGGAAGCUGGUGCCUGAAGCUGUUGGGGACCAGAAAGCUCUCCAGGAAGGGGAAGGUGACCUGAGUGUCUCUGCUGACUGCCUAAGUGAGAAGCGCUCUCCCAAUGACUUUGCCCUAUGGAAGGCCUCCAAGCCAGGAGAGCCAUCCUGGCCAUGCCCCUGGGGAAAGGGUCGUCCAGGAUGGCACAUUGAGUGCUCUGCCAUGGCCAGCACGCUCCUGGGAGCCUCAAUGGACAUUCACGGUGGAGGGUUUGACCUCCGCUUUCCCCACCAUGACAACGAGCUGGCGCAGUCAGAGGCCUACUUUGAAAAUGACUGCUGGGUCAGCUACUUCCUACACACGGGCCACCUGACGAUAGCAGGCUGCAAGAUGUCCAAGUCACUGAAAAACUUCAUCACCAUUAAGGACGCCUUGAAGAAGCACUCAGCGCGGCAGCUGCGGCUGGCAUUCCUCAUGCACUCUUGGAAGGACACUCUGGAUUAUUCCAGCAAUACCAUGGAGUCUGCGCUCCAGUAUGAGAAGUUCCUGAGUGAGUUUUUCUUAAAUGUGAAAGACAUCCUCCGAGCCCCUGUAGAUAUCACCAGCCAGUUUGAAAAGUGGGAAACUGAAGAAGCAGAGCUCAAUAAGACUUUCUAUGAUAAGAAGGCAGCAAUUCAUGAAGCCCUGUGUGAUAAUGUGGACACUCGCACUGUCAUGGAAGAGAUGCGGGCCUUGGUCAGUCAGUGCAACCUUUACAUGGCAGCCCGGAAGGCUGCAAGGAGGAGGCCCAACCGGGCUCUGCUGGAGAGCAUUGCUGUAUACCUCACCCACAUGCUGAAGAUCUUUGGGGCCAUAGAAGAGGAGAGCUCAUUGGGUUUCCCUGUUGGAGGGCCCGGGAAGAACCUAAAUCUUGAGUCAAUGGUAAUGCCCUACCUGAAGGUAUUGUCGGAAUUCAGAGAAGGCGUUCGGAAGAUCGCCCGGGAGAACAAAGUCCCCGAGGUUCUGCAGCUCAGUGAUACCCUCCGGGACGACAUCCUGCCUGAGCUCGGGGUGCGGUUUGAAGACCAUGAAGGACUACCAACAGUGGUGAAACUUGUGGACAGAGACACCUUGUUGAAAGAAAGGGAAGAAAAGAAAAGGGCUGAAGAAGAAAAGAGGAGGAAGAAGGAGGAGGCUGCCAGGAGAAAACAGGAGCAAGAAGCAGCAAAGCUGGCCAAGAUGAAGAUUCCACCCAGUGAGAUGUUCCUGUCAGAAAGUGACAAGUAUUCCAAGUUUGAUGAAAAUGGUCUGCCCACCCAUGAUACCGAAGGCAAGGAACUGAGCAAGGGGCAAGUCAAGAAGCUAAGGAAGCUCUUUGAAGCUCAGGAGAAACUCCACAAGGAAUACCUGCAGAUGGUGCAGAAUGGUAGCCUGCCAUGAGCCUCCACAGCCCACUGUGAGCUGUACUGGGACAGAGGGCCUCCACAGCCCACUGUGAGCUGUACCGGGACAGAGGGCCUCCUUAGCCUGCCAUGGGCCACACAAGGCCACCUCAGCAGUCUGGCCUCUGCAGCUUGCCACCGUGGACUGAAGGCCUUUGCCUGCACUAGUGAUGGCUGCUGUGGACUAAGGGACUCUGCCUGCUGGGUGAUGGCGCCCUGUGCUCUGGCCAUGUUUACAGUUGUCCUCACACCCUAAAACAAGCAGGGUAGAGGAGGCUCUGAGACGCUGACAAUAAAUUCUUCCAACUGA